AUGUCUAAGCUAGAUUUAAAGAGCUCGCUCAAGCUGAUUUCGACGUUAAAAUCUUCAAGAUACAAUGAAACACUCGAAAGUUCACUAUGUACAGAAUGCGAGAACAGUUUUCUCCAAGAAACCAGCUUUAACAGUGACAUUGACAUGGAAAUUAGAGCAGAAAUAGAAUCAAAAUUUAAAAAAUCUCAGACAAAUACAAAUUAUGUAUUUCCAAGAGAAAUCCCUUUAGGGUCUUCAAAGAAGAAGCAAACAGCCAAAUCAUCAACAAGGCCAAAAAGUGUCUUAAUCUUCAUUAAGAGUGAUAAAAAUUAUUUUGUUCUCUUAAAAAGGAGUUAAAUUUUUCCUUUAAUUUUAAAAAAUCAAGGAAAAAAAAAUAUUUGAAAAGAAAAAUACAAUUUAAUUUAUAAAUUUGCUUAAAGUUUUAAUUUUAAAAAUAAAUCAAAUGUAUAAAUUUAUAUUUGAGAGUUAAAUACUUAAUAUAAUAGCUAGAGAUCAUACUAUAACAAUUAUUAAUUCUAUAUAUAAAUAUUUUAUAAAAAAACUAUAUUAGAAAAUAUUUUUGCUUACCUGGAUGUUAUUUUCCAAAAAUAGAGUUUCCAAUGGUUUUGCUCGCUCUUAAAGGGGGGAGUUAAGAAAUAUGAGCAAGUUGACAGUUGAAAAGCCACUGAAAUCUAUGUCAAGAACUAAUAUUUCAAGUGAAGUUUCGACUAACAGAUCAACUGCACACACACUGAGUCUUCAAAAAUUGUAAAUUUUAUAUAGAAAAAAGAAGCAGUUGAAUUGUGAAACUAAAUCAACUGUAAAGGCAUUACUAAAAGUAAGGCACAUUUCAAACCCAAAACAAAGGAAUAAUAUUUCUCAUAAUAGAACUAGAAGUGAUGCUGUAAGAGCAAAAACUCCUAUUUAUUCAAACCAAAGGGAGCUUUCACCUGAAAAGUCAACAAGAGUCUUAAAAAACAAAGCUUUUAGCAUAAAAAAACUCCCUGAGAACCCUUACAAUUUCCCAGUCAAAAUUAUCCACCAAACACCAUAUGCGUACUUCCCCUCCUAAUGGGUUUUAGCUCAGGUUAGCUUCUAGGCAAGAGGCCCAGUACUAUUUCCGAUGCUUGAGGAGCACUAUAAAACACAGCUUUAAUUUAAUUUAAUCUAACCUACCAAACACCUUUAAAAGCUAGCAAGCAUAAAUAUGCACAUUCAAUGGAAAAUAUAGCUCCUGGGAGUUCUGGGCGCAGUUAUUUUAGCUAA